AUGCACAGUAUCGCCUUAUAUUCGCUUCUCUGUCUUGCCUUGACUUCAUGUUCGAAUGCUCUGCCUGGGCCUGUUGCUCGAAUCCAGCGGAAAGGGCCAUGUUCUGGCAAUACGCCCUCUACUCGCAAUCAAUGGUGUGGAUAUGACAUUCACAGCGAUUAUUACUCUGUCAUUCCUGAUACUGGUAUAACAAGAGAAUACUGGCUGGAAAUCAGUGAGAUCGUCUUUACUCCCGAUGGAAUCCCACGAUUCGCCCAGGCUAUCAAUGGGACUGUACCCGGCCCGACGAUAUUUGCCGACUGGGGAGACAAUGUUGUGGUUCACUUGACGAGCAACCUCAAGACUUCGACCAAUGGCUCAUCCUUUCACUUCCACGGCACUCAUCAAAACUAUACGAACCCCCAGGAUGGCGUCGUUGCUAUCACCCAGUGUCCUACAGCCCCUGGCUCGUCGACAACAUACAAAUGGCGAGCUACUCAGUACGGCACUUCAUGGUAUCAUUCCCACUUUGGCCUUCAGACUUAUGAUGGUGUCUACGGCGGCUUGAUCAUUCGUGGUCCAGCAAGCGCCAACUACGACGAGGACGUUGGAACCAUCAUGCUCAGUGAUUGGUCUCAUCGAACUGUCAAUGAAAUUCUGCCUGAAGUCCAGCGGAAGGGUCCUUACCCGAUGGACAAUGUCCUUAUUAACGGCACCAACACAUACAACAAGGAAGGCGAAAAAAAUCAGACUGGCGAAAGGUUUAGACUGGACUUUGAAGAGGGCAAAACAUAUCGACUGCGUCUUGUCAACACUGGCAUCGAUACUCUCUAUAAAUUCUCCAUUGAUCACCAUACUCUCAAGGUUAUUGCUGUGGAUUUUGUUUCUAUCGAGCCAUAUGAGACUGACCAUGUCAACAUCGCAAUUGGCGAACGCAUGGAUAUUCUCGUUACCGCCAACCAAGCUUCAAAGGCAUCGUCUUUUUGGCUCCGCGCCCUUCCUCAGCUCGACUGCACCAAGAACGCCAACCCACAAAACGCCUUGGGGGUUGUAUCAUACUCUUCCAACAGUUCGACACCUACGACAAAAGGACGAAAAUAUGUUGAUCACUGCGAAGAUGAGCCCUACGAAAGUAUCGUGCCUGUCGUUCCUCAUACCGUCGGACCCCCUGACAUGGAAGUCGUCGAGAAUGCCAACCGAUCCUGGAAUUCAGAUGGCAUUAUCAAGUGGUCCCUCAAUAGUACCACCAUGAUUGCCGAAUGGGACAACCCUUCACUCCUUAAGCUCGGCCACAAUGUCUCAUUCACCGAGUCCAACGCCGUAAUUCAUGUCCCAAAAAAGGACGCAUGGGUCUACCUCGCUAUUGAGACGGAACUCGACAUUUCCCACCCGAUCCAUCUACACGGCUUUGACUAUCACAUUCUCGCCCAGGGUGUUGGGCCGUAUGGUUCUAACGUCACACUCAAAACAGACAAUCCACCGCGCCGUGAUACUGCCCUCCUACCUGCCAAGGGGCAUUUGGUGAUUGCCUUCCUGACGGAUAAUCCAGGCGUAUGGCUCAUGCACUGUCACAUCGGGUGGCAUGCUGCUGAAGGUUUUUCGAUGCAAUUUGUUGUACGAGAGGAUGAGAUCCCUGGCUUGGUAUCAGACCAGGAACAUGAGGAUAUGGAGAAGGGCUGCAAGGCGUGGCAUGACUUUUCGCACAAAAUGGAGAUGGAGCAAGAUGAUUCAGGCAUUUGA